UCUUUAUCAAUCCCUCGCUUUCCAUUAAUUGUUAAAUGACCAUUCGGUUGGAACGAGAAAAACACGAAUAGCUUUGUCUCCAGACAGAAUCAUUUGAGAUCCACCAUCGAGCUCCGGCGAUUUUUCCGGCCACCUCUUCGAUCUCCGACGAGAUUUCCCGAUCCGUUUCAGAUUUUAACGGGGAGCAAUGAGUGACGUAUUCGAAAGGUACGAGCGCCAGUAUUGCGAGCUUUCGGCGAAUUUGUCGAAAAAGUGCACGUCAGCUACUCUUCUCGAUGGAGAGCAAAAGAAGCAGAAAGUUUCAGAAAUAAAAGCUGGACUAGAUGAAGCGGAAUCCUUGAUCCGGAAAAUGGACCUCGAGGCAAGAAGUUUGCAGCCAAAUGUAAAGGCUGUGCUGCUUGCCAAGUUGAGGGAAUACAAAUCUGAUGUGAACAACUUGAAAGCUGAAGUCAAACGAAUUACAUCAACUAAUUUGAACCAAGCUGCCCGAGAUGAUUUGUUGGAAUCUGGAAUGGCUGAUGCACUAACGGUAUCAGCUGAUCAAAGGGCAAGAUUGAUGAUGUCAACUGAAAGAUUAAACAAAUCCAGUGACAGGGUUAGAGAAAGUAGAAGGACCAUGUUGGAGACAGAGGAGCUUGGUGUUUCAAUUCUUCAGGAUUUGCACCAACAACGCCAGUCUCUCUUACACGCCAAUACCACGCUUCAUGGAGUGGAUGACAACAUUAGUAGGAGUAAGAAAAUAUUAACCAACAUGUCAAGAAGGAUGAACAAGAACAAGUGGAUUAUUGGCUCCAUCAUUGCAGUCCUCGUCAUUGCAAUCGCCUUGAUCUUGUACUUCAAACUUAAAUAGCCUAGUUGUCCUUUUUUGUCGCGUUUGUGGGUGUUCUGGAGAAACACGAGUCUGUUAUUCUUCUCCUCCUUUUUGUCCAUUCGCUUGAAUUUGAGCUGCUGUGAUUUGACAUUGGUUUGAUGAUAUGAUUUGUGCCUUGGUCUA